UCCAGUGUAGCAGUACAAAGGUUGCUUGUUGCUUAAGUAAUUAAAAGGCGAGUUUCCAUUUGGAGCAUGAGAUGAAAAAUAUAAUGGUUAUUAUGACAGUAUUUAUCAGUUCUCGAGGAGCAGGAAGCCGAGCCUCUUGAAAAUUCUCAUUGCCUUCAGCUAGAUUGCAGCACUUGGAUGUCUGACUCUACUGCCGCUAACACUGGCACACUAGGAGGGCUUCUUUGGGAGAGGAUCCUUAUCUCCAAACCAUAAUGAGGAUAUGAUACGGACUGAAAUCACCGUAGCUUUCCAGUUCCUUUUCUACUUUCUCUUUCUAGCUUGGUGAAAGCAUCGAAAGAGACACUUCACUUCAGCUUCCAACAAAAAAUAAAUGCCAUUUUGGCAGAAAUACAGAAGGAAAGGCCAGGAUUCAGCUCUUUGUUUCUGUAAUUUCAUACUAAGAAUUAAUUUUGCAGUCUCAUCACUGAAUGAGUCACUGACAAUGUAAACUAACUAGAGGAGAAUGGAUGAGGAUUUUAGAAAACGUGGGAACACCAGAGAGAGCUCAAAACUGUUCCAAAGCUUAUUUCCUGGAUGUGUCAGAUCAAGUCACAAUGAAGAUGAAGAUUCUCUCAUUCUCCCACAGCUCCAGAGCCUGCUCCCCUCUCCUUGGUUUUAUUGUUUUCUUCCUUAUUUGUUAUGUUCACAAGAUGGAAUCAGCAAAGUUCACAGUGAUUGGACCCCGUGACCCUGUCACUGCUGUCCUGGGUCAGGAAGCUGAGUUACCCUGUCACCUGUCCCCCCCGAUGAACGCUACAAACAUGGAGGUGAGAUGGUUCCGAUCUGAGUUUGCAUCCUUUGUGCACCUGUACCGUGAUGGGAAGGAUCAGUAUGCUGGGCAGAUACCAGAGUAUUGGAGAAGGACAGAGCUUUUGAAAGCCGGACUCACAGAUGGAAAUGUUCCCUUGAGGAUUCUCAGUGUCAGACUCUCUGAUGAAGGAAUAUACCUCUGUUUUGUUCAAGACAAUACUUUUUAUGAACAAGCAGUAUUGGAACUGCGGGUAGCAGGUCUGGGCUCUGCUCCUCUCAUCUCUGUUGAGGGUCACCAGGAUGGAGGGAUCCGGGUGGUUUGUCGAUCGGCUGGUUGGUACCCAGAGCCUGAGGUGCUGUGGAAAGAUCUCAGUGGACGACAUUUACCAUCACUCUCUGAAACAAAAUCCCGAGGGAAUAAUGGCCUGUUUGGAACAGAAACUGCUCUCAUUGUAACAGAACAUUCAAACCAAAACUUGUCCUGUUGCAUCAGGAACGCCGUUCUCAAUCAAGAAAAGGAAUCAGCAGUUUAUAUAGCAGAUCAAUUUUUACCACGGGUGAAUUCCUGGAUGGUGGCUCUCAGUGUGAUCCUGGUGGUUUUGUUUGGUUUCACUGCCCUCACUGUUUAUCUCUUUAAAAUGAAAGGGAAACUUACUGAAGAAGUUGGGAAACAAGAUCUAGAAAUUGGAAAACGAGAUAUAGAAAUUGAGAAACGAGAUAAAGAAAUAAACAAACAAGAUAUAGAAAUUGGCAAACUACAUACAGAAAUUGACAAACGAGAUGAAGAAAUAAACAAACGAGAUAACGAAAUAAGGUGGAGAAGAUCUGUGGCACCUGUAGAAGCAGCGAAUGUGACUCUGGAUCCAGACACGGUGAAUCCCGAGCUUGUCCUGUCUGCGGAUCAGAAAAGUGUGAGAUGGGGACACACACGGCAGGAUCUGCCCGACAACCCUGAGAGAUUUGACACUGAGCCCUGUGUGCUGGGCUGUGAGGGAUUCACCUCGGGGAGACAUUGCUGGGAGGUGGAGGUGGGGGUGGGGCAAUGCUGGGGUGUGGGGGUGGCCAGAGAGUCUGUGGGGAGGAAGGGAGAGAUCAGCUGUAGCCCUGAGGGGGGGAUCUGGGCUGUGGAGCGGUUCGGGGAUGAGUUCUGGGCUCUCACCUCCCCUGUGACCCCCCUGCCCCUGAGCCGGGCCCCCAGCAGGAUCCGGGUUUGUCUGGACUGUGACCGGGGGCAGGUGACAUUUAUCGAUGCUGGUGACGAGACCCCGAUCUUCACUUUCCCGCCGGGCUCCGUCCCUGGGGAGAGAAUUCGACCCUGGCUCCGGGUGUUGCCGGGAUCCCGGCUCAGACUGUGUCCCUGAGACUGGGGACCCUGAAAUUAGCAUCUCGAGCCUCACACCUCCCAGUCUCUCUGACUCUGGAGAACUCCCAUCUACCCAGCCCCUUGCUCCUCAUCUCUAUGACCCCUGGAAGCUCCUCCCCCUCCCUGCAUCCCCAGGGAUGGGAGGGGGUGGGGGGGUGAAGAUCCUUGGGGCUGCAGGAGGGGCAGAGGGGCCCAGAGGGGCAGACCUGGGGCUGGUCAGGGGGCAGAACUAACAGCCGGGCUGGAGACAGGCAGAUGUGGAGCUGGGCAGGGGGCAGAACUAACAGCCGGGCUGGAGACAGGCAGAUGUGGAGCUGGGCAGGGGGCAGAACUAACAGCUGGGCUGGGCACAGGCAGAUGUGGGGGUGGCAGGGACACAGAAUGAAUCAAUCAGGGUUUGGGGGGUUGGGGAGAAGCUGAAAGUGCCACAGCAGCAGGGAGCAAUUUGUACAGAUCAGUGGGAUUAGAUCUCACGGGGGUCUCCCAGCCAGAGCUCCUGCCACAGGAGUCCAAGUCACCUUCCCCUGUAACUACGGGAGAGCUGGUAACACUGUAAUUGUCACACACACGGGGGAUGGGCAGGGAGAGUUCAAAAAUCAGAAGAUAAAGCAGGAUGCGUUAUAUAUUAUUUUGAGCCCUCAUGUUUUGGGGAGUCAAUUUCAUGAUUUUUGGUUCUGACUCAUGAUUUUUAAGUUCUGGGAUUGGCAACACUGUGAGAGUCACAGGUUGCGGGAGGGCAGGCUGGGCUGAACCAGAGGGAACCGAGAAAACACAAGGAAAAGAUAAAGUAAAACAAAACAAACAGAGUCCCGGAAAAAGGGUGAAAAUGAAAUAUAAAAACAAUGACAGGAAAGCACUCUGAAGAGGGGAAAGAGCCAGAGGCAGUGAGAGGGGAAGGGAUAAAUUCAGGGGAAAGAAUGGAGAACAUGAGAGGAAUGAUCUGUGACAGGGAUCAGAGGAGAGUGGAAGACACAGAGAAAUAAACAGGAAUGGAAAUGAGUGCUAGAAAAAUGGUGAGUAAAAAUGAACUGUAUGACAGAGAAGGGGGAAGAAAAGGGACAGAGAUUUAUAAAACGUCACUGAAGGUGCAACUGUCACUCAUUUAUUUCAUUUGUUACUUCCUUGACUUUGUUGCCAUUUUAGUGUCAUUAAAAAUAACUGUUCCCAAAACCUGUGGGUCUGUUUUCCAUUGUUGUUGGUAUUAAAGCUGCUUCUCAA